CUUUAUAGUGAGGUUGGAUGGGGUUCACUCUUACAGAUUGUUCCCAGCCGGUUUCCACUAAUUUUUAGUACGUAUGUCACUUUGACCUGAUUUCAGGAAAAAACUGACGCAAGUUACAAAAAAGUAUCAAAUCCAACCCAAAAUUUAUGCUUGUAUAUCUAAGACAUAACAGAAAAUAAUAGAUGAGAGAAAUGUAACCGAAUGCACUCUUCAAAAGCAACGAGAAGGAAGAGAAGAGCAACUCUGAUGAUUUGUGUAGAAAGAGUUGGAAGAAAUCCAUGGAAAUACCUCCAACGAAGCUCAGUGUGUUUGAUAUCGGAAAAGCAGAUGCUGGUUUGUUGCAAAGUAAAGAGCUUUAUCAGUAUAUCUUGGAGACAAAUGUGUACCCAAAUGAGGCUGAAGUUCUGAAGGAGCUAAGAGAAAUUACUGUUACUCAACCAUGGAGCGUGAUGCUUUGUGCAGCAGAUGAAGGUCCAAUAAUGUCUCUGCUUUUAAAGCUUGUGAAUGCAAAAAAGACAAUUGAGAUUGGAGUGUACACUGGAUACUCACUCCUUGUCACUGCUCUUGCACUUCCCAAAGAUGGCAAGACCAUUGCUAUUGAUCCAGAUCGGUCAAUGUUCGAGAUAGGACUACCAUUCUUCAGAAAAGCUGGGGUGGAACAUAAGGUGGAGUUCAUCGAGUCUAUUGCUCUCCCUGUUCUUGACAAACUACUGGAAGAUCCGAAGAAUGAAGGAUCAUUUGAUUAUGCGUUCGUCGACGCAGACAAGGAUAAUUACGUGCAUUAUCAUGAGAGACUACUGAAACUAGUAAGGGUAGGAGGAAUGAUUCUCUACGAUAAUACACUAUGGUCAGGUACAGUUGCUUGGGAAGAUGAUUCUACACUGGAUGAAAUGAUGAAAGAAAUUAAAGACGUUUUUGUCGAUCUGAACAAGAAAUUAGCAUCUGAUUCUCGCAUUCAAAUUUCACAACUCCCUGUUGGUGAUGGUCUCACAAUGUGUAUGCGUCUGCAUUGACAUUUUUACCGUCUCAUAUUAUUGAAUAAUUUUGUUGGACUGUGGAUCGACAAAUGUGUCUUUCUAUUGAGAUUUUUUAUUCUCUCUUUAACCCAUUUCUGUUUGCCGACACUGCCACUGCAAAUAGAGGAGUAUUUAAAUUGUGGGGGGCUAA